CCGAACAAAAAACGUAAAAAGAGAAAAAGCUCGCUCGCUCUCUCUCUCUCUCAUCUUUCUUUCAAUCUGCCUCCUCAAUUCUCAAAUUCUGAAUUUCUGGGAUUCUUAAGAUUUAUUUUUGAAUAUCUUCAUCUUCUUCUCCAAGUCUCUCUCUGCUGGAGAGGGGAUUCUCUCUCAAUUAAUAAGAAGAUCUUCUUCUUCCUCGGUUCAUUCCCCUUUCUCUUCCUCGUCGUAACGUCGUCAAUGGUGAACGAGAGUUGCGCUAGUAGACUUAUUUUGGACGCCUCCCAGUCCAAGGCCACCAUGGACCGCCGCGAGCGCAUAAAAAUGGAGGUCUUCGACGAGGUUCUCCGCCGUCUCCGGCAAUCCGACAUCCAAGACGCCCAUCUCCCUGGUUUCGAAGACGAGCUCUGGACUCACUUCAAUCGCCUCCCUGCCAGGUAUGCGUUGGAUGUGAAUGUCGAGAGGGCCGAAGACGUCUUGAUGCACAAGCGAUUGCUGCAUUCUGCUUACGAUCCCCAAAAUCGCCCUGCCAUCGAUGUUCAUCUCGUCCAGGUUCAACCUGCCGACUCUCCUACUUAUGAUGCUGCUCUUUCUUCUCCUACCCGCAAAAGCAUUCAUCCGCCGCCUGCCUUUGGUUCUUCCCCUAAUCUUGAAGCACUUGCACUUGCAGCUUCUAUCUCCCAAGACCACGAUGGAGACAACUCCGUUCAUAACAAUUCACUCUAUUCACGGCCCUUGCAUGAGAUCACUUUUUCCACACAAGACAAGCCUAAACUCCUUUUACAGUUAACUGCCUUGCUUGCUGAGCUUGGGCUGAACAUUCAAGAGGCGCAUGCUUUCUCUACAACUGAUGGCUACUCACUAGAUGUUUUUGUUGUUGAUGGCUGGCCGUACGAGGAAACAGACAGACUUAGAAUAUCAUUGGAGAAAGAAGCAGCAAAGAUCGAGUUGCAGAGCCAAAGCUGGCCUAUGCAGCAAUCCUUCUCUCCUGAAAAGGAAAAUGGGCAAACAGGUGCCAGAACUCAUGUUCCAAUACCCAAUGAUGGAACUGAUGUUUGGGAAAUCAACCUUAAACACUUAAAAUUUGGGCAUAAAAUAGCAUCUGGUUCUUAUGGAGAUCUGUAUAAAGGUACAUAUUGUAGCCAGGAAGUUGCUAUCAAAGUCCUCAAGCCAGAGCGUCUAGAUUCAGAGCUAGAGAAAGAGUUUGCCCAAGAAGUGUUUAUUAUGAGGAAAGUUCGACACAAAAAUGUUGUUCAGUUCAUUGGUGCUUGCACCAAGCCUCCACAUCUGUGUAUCGUUACAGAAUUCAUGCCCGGUGGAAGUGUAUAUGACUAUCUACACAAGCAAAAAGGCGUCUUCAAGCUUCCAACUUUGUUUAAAGUAGCUAUAGAUAUUUGCAAAGGGAUGAGCUACUUACACCAAAAUAACAUAAUUCACAGAGAUUUGAAGGCUGCCAACCUCUUAAUGGACGAAAAUGAGGUGGUUAAGGUUGCAGACUUUGGGGUGGCCAGAGUGAAAGCACAAACUGGAGUUAUGACAGCUGAAACUGGAACAUAUCGCUGGAUGGCUCCAGAGGUAAUAGAACACAAGCCAUAUGAUCACAAGGCUGACGUAUUCAGCUACGGGAUUGUGCUAUGGGAGUUGUUGACUGGGAAGCUUCCAUAUGAAUACAUGACGCCAUUGCAGGCAGCAGUAGGGGUUGUCCAAAAGGGAUUACGGCCUACAAUACCAAAGAACACGCAUCCAAAAUUGGCAGAGCUGUUGGAGAGAUUGUGGGAGCAGGAUUCGACGCAGAGACCAGACUUCACAGAGAUCACAGAGCAGCUGCAAGAGAUAGCCAAGGAGGUAGGAGAGGAAGGAGAGGAGAAGAAAAAAUCGUCAACAGGACUAGGAGGGGGUAUCUUUGCAGCCCUGAGGAGAAGCACCACACAUCAUUGAAAACUGUAUAGAAAUUAAUUUUCAGAUGAAUGAUAAUGAGCCUGUAUUUGUUUGUGUGUUGCUUCCUUAUUCAAUUGAUUUUGAUCUCCUUUGUAAGAUGCUGCACCACAUUUUCUAUCUGAAAAAAAGCUUUUACUGAAAGAAAA